AUGAAAAUCCCAUCUGGCUUGACUGACUUCGAUGGGAAUGCUCUUAAGGGAGAAGUCUACUUGACAAGCGGCAACUCGGGUACUCCAGGUAACCGGACGAAGCUACUUGAAGUGGACGUGAAGCAACAAGGCAGGCACUUCACUUGCCACACUCUGACCGCAGAAAACGAUGCUAUCGUACCGUGCUUCAACAUAAGUUCAGGUGUUAAGGAGUUCGUUGACGUUAAAGUCGAUGGUAUCUUACGGGCUUCUCAUAGCAACGAGGGUGGUACCAAAAACUUCAGCAAGAAGUUUGAAUGGGUUGUUGGUCGAAUCAAAUCGGACAACAGAUAUGUCGACAGAAUUUAUCAGCUACAAAUAGCAAAGAGGAAUAUUGAAAAGACACGAAACGUCAAAGGUGGCGCACCUCAUUCAGUCGGCAGCAUCGAAAUACAAAUAUUCCGCAGAGAUCCCAACGCUCAUAAGAACCACGCAACUGGUUCUGAUUCUGAUGAUUCCUCAUCAUUAUCAAAAGAAGAAACUCCAGAUCUCGGCAAUGCAAAACGUGCACCGACGUUUGAAGACCAUACCCACUGGUGGAAUCUUAAUCCAUGUGUUGAUGAAGACACUAUUCCUUCUCCACCAUUCGAAGUUGGCGGCGUUGGUCAUAGGAAGUUUCAGGGUAACGCGAAAGGCCUCGUUGUGAAGAAAUGGCCUGGUGAUUAUAAAGUUUGUGCUUCAUUUAAAUUCCUGCUCUUCUCUACCGCCGAUUUCCACAAGAUGGACUUCCUGGAUACCCCAGAAUACAUCGGAACACCAUGGAAUGGAACAAGGGCAUCGUCAAAGAACCCGACGGCAAAGGAUGUUUCACGAGCAUCAAAGGCUUCUUCGGUCAUUGACUCCGAUGAUGUUGACAGUCAUCAUGAUGAUGAUCUUGUUGAUACUGUUGAAAAUGUCGAUAAGCCUGGACCUGAGACAAGGACUAAAAUCGACGGGCCAACAAAGAUUUCCAAAGGGAAAGAAGUUGGUAGGAAGGCGAUUAGAACCAGUGUUUCUAUAGAAAUAGAAGUUCCUUCUCAAGCAGUCAAGUCGACGAAACCAGUGGGGAAAAAGACUAGGGUCAUCGAAGAUUCUCAGUCCUCAGAAACUCUCGAUGAAAGCCACGCUGGAGUCAACAGAACUGUGUCAAAGCCUUCUCGUCCUUUAAAAGUAUCUCAAUUUAUUGAUCUUAGUGGUGAAGAUGCUAGCGAACCUACAGAUACCGCAGUCUUUGCACCAAUUAUCAAGAUUGAAAAAGAUGAGUUUGCGGGUGAUCGCUUCGAUCAAGGCAAUGGAACUCGAACAAACCUCAAGAGAAAGCCACUUUCUAUGCUCGGUGUGGAGGGAGCUCCGGCAAGCGAAGCCUGGAAUGAUCCUGAUCGUUCUUUGUGGUACCAACGCAGAGGCUUAAGCAAAAAUUUAGACGAUUCUCUCACGCUCAAUGUUGAUAAAUCCCAAGCCGAGAAAGAUCUUACCUCGUCAGACAAAUCCAAAAUUAUAUCUUUGGAUGACCCAGACAGCUUGAACCAGCCGUCUGUGUCGUGUAUAGUCGGAGAGGCAGCCGAGAAAGAGACUGUCACUCACUUCAAGCCACUUAGUACUCAGGUGGGUGGUCCAUCCUGGGAGCCGUUGACCCCGCCAGUAUCGUCAAAGAAGUCAGGCUCACAUUACUUUGACCAUUUUGGAACCGAAAGACGUCUUUUGUUUGGAGAUUCCAAUGGCACAAUCCCAAUUGAAUCAGCAGCUCGUGCUAUUGUCACUGAAGAUAAUUAUAGCGACAAUGAUAGCCGCGAAGCGAGUCCCUCAGUCAAACACGACCGGAGAGUUCCAGAAAACAAAGCUGAAGAAUUAAGCCGACACGGCCUAGAAUUCACCCUGGAAACAAAAACUUCAAAUAUUGAGAAACCUGGCCAGUCUUCAAACGCCAAUAACAUGGAACCAAAUUUUGACGAGUUCAUUCACACAUCGCCUCGGCCUGAAGAUACAGAAAUGGUUAACGCCAUCGAAGCCGAUCCUGAAACAGAGUUGACAGCACCAAGAUCGCCAUCUCGCGAGGCUGAUCCUCAAUCUACAAUCACAAACCAAGAUCGAGAUUCUGUAAAUAAAACCGUACCUCCUCAAUCUCAAGAAUUGAACGACUCACAAAAUGGUCAAAAUGACUCCGAAAAGUCAACACAAGAAAUACCUGAGAGCAUUCUUGAAGAUAUCGCGGAAACUCAAAGGCUUCAGAGGGCCAAACGAUUUCCAUCAAGUGCUAUUCCUGAAGUGGAAACCGAAGAAGCUUUCGAGUUUCAUCGAGCUGAAGUCUCAUCAGACACCGAUAUGACCAAUUUCGACAAUGACAAAUUGCCUUCCGAAGCCACAAAUUCUAAUAGCAAACUCAAUGAUGCACCUUUCGACAUUGGAAACCAACAAGAUGGUCGACAAGACUCUCCUGCUGAAGCAGACGAGUCUACGAUAACAGUCGGUACUGCCAAGCCAGCCAAACAAUCAAAGGCAAGAGCCCCAACAGCUGCCAAACCCUCUGCUCCAAAGACUGCGUCUACUCCAAAGACACAGCCUACGUCGGUGUCUAAGACAACCACUGUCCAAAAGCCACCAGCUGUAAAGGUUGAGAAGUCUUCAAAUGCCUCUGCUCAACCAGAACAAUCUCAAGCUAAGCCAAAGAAGUCGACUUCAAAAGUCGAAAGCUCUUCGGUUGCAUCAGCACAGCCUGAGCAAUCUCAAGCCAAGCCAAAGAAGCCUUCUCCAAAGACCACGAAGCUUCCAAGCGCCCCAAAGAAUUCAAAGGCACCAGCAACUGUUGUUCCUGAAGAGCCCGUCCCCAAACCCAAGGGCAAAAGCAGGGCUAAGGCUGGAGUAAAUGAUAAGCGCAAGGCUGAUCAAAUGACCUCCGCUGGCAGCAGUUCGGGACCAAACAAGACGAAUAUAUCUCCCGCUUUGAAGCAAACAUCUAUUGUUGAAGGUGCAAUUGCCAUGGCAGAAGCAAGAAAGCAAGCAGCUAUCGAGAAGAAACAAGCUUUAGAAGAAAAGUUAAAGGCAAUUCAAGUAGCGAAGGCGGAGAGGGAGGCUGAUAGAAUCAAUAAAGAGGCACAAGCUUUUGAAGAUGAAGUCGCUGAAUUGGAGAGGAAAAUUGCGAUGGAACAAAUGGAUGACGAAUAA